AUGUCAUCCGAAAUAACGUCCUCCACGACGGCGACACCAACAACGAUGCACCAGACGCUGCCCUACAACACACGACAGCGCUUGACUCCCGUAGGCUCCGUCCUCGCUCCUAUGACACAGGAUGAAAUACAGCUCUACAAAAAUUACCACAGUAUCGGUACUCAACGUCUCAUAAACAAACGCAAACGAGUCCAUAGUAGAGAGCCCGACGACUAUCAAGAACGUCCAGCCAAGAGACACGCUGCCGACGUCGAAAUGGUCGUUGAUCACUGUAAGCGUCUUCCCGCUGCUCAACCUACCAUUAACGCUGCCUUCCCAGAUAUCUUGCGUCCAGAAGUAGGCGUAAAACAGCGCAAAGAGUCUCCUAUCAUGGGCCUCAAGAAUUUCAACAACUGGGCUCGAAUUCGAGAGAUGUUGGCUGUUGACAUCGCGCACAUGUCUGUCGAGCAGGCUCAGCACCGGUGGGCAACCAUGCGUCCACGGCGUUUUGACGCCUCGUUCGCUGCAUUGGAUUGCUAUACAGAACCACCUACAAAGGUCUUUACGCCCGAGCAGCUUGAUUCGACGUUGUAUCCAUGCAGUUCUGCAUGCAUUAUGCGUUUGAAAUGGCGCAAAAAGCUCAAUGCAUGCUCAAGAACGUCAGCGAAUGGUUAAGACCAGGAGG